AUGACUCCCGGUCGUACGCUUCAUAGAGGUCAAGCUCGUUACGCUUCCUUACAAAAAGCUUAUUCUAAGGCUUGGAGACAACUAUCAGCUGCAGAAAAAUCUCAGUUCAGUAAUUAUAAUCAAUGGAGGUUAAGUAAUGCUGGAAGAGAAGUUAAAAGAUUAUUUGAUCAAGAAUAUCAAAAACAAAAUAGAUCCGAUACCACCGAUUCCAGACGUAAUAACGACGCCGACACCACCGGACCCUCAAGAAUUGUUGAUUUUGACACCGAAGACUUUAAUUUGGACGAUUUAUUUAUUGAGCAUUUGGAUAAUAUUGACGAAUAUAUUAAUAUGGCAGAUGUACAAAAUAAUGUGCCUUCGAUGCCGUCGGCGUCAUCUGUCGCUGCGGGAGGUAGUAAUGCGGAGCCUAUGGAUACCACUGGAUUGGGAUCCAAUACAGGAGCAGCAGGAAGAGCUGGAGUUACUACAUCGGAAUCGACUGGCUUAGCUAAAAUUUUACCAAAUCCAAAGCUAAAAGUCAUACAUAUGUCAUUCUCGAAAAAAUGGUAUCAUUAUACUUAUGGAUAUGCUCACACAAUGAUAAAUGGUGAUAUUUUAAGCAGACAAUUAACACCAUAUGCAUAUUAUCCAGUAGAUUGGGUGCCAUGGUAUUUAUCGCCUCAAGAGUUUACAAGUUUACCGUUUAAUUCUAAAAUUGUAAAAGUGAAAUGUGAUAUUCACUUGUGUGGAACCAGAACAUCGUUUGAUCACGGGACUACAUUAUCUGGCACCGCAACUACCGAAUAUGUUCCCGUUAUAAAAUGGUGCGUGGGUUUGAAUAACAAAAUAUAUUUGGAUAAUCGCCCAUUAAAAAGCGAAGCCACUGAACCGAUGUUGCCUACCGGCGUGAAGGACAAAUCAUUGGAAGAGCAGUUCGACACUAUGUAUAAACCUGCUGGUUCGAGUGAGAUACCAAGACAUUUAAAUUGGUAUGCUGGCGUCAUAUUUAAUAAAACAUCAGGGGCUUACGAUGGGUUGCCAGAAAUAAUUAAUUAUAGAAUGGAUAAGAUUUUGCAUACCGGUUUCGCUAAUAAAUGUAUGCAUGAAGCAAUUGUGAAUUAUGAAUACAGUCCAUCUAAUGGUUAUAUAAAACCAACUAAAAAAGUAGUGAUUCCAAUGUAUAAUAAAAAAGAUGGAUUUGCUGAUGACGUUAAUUAUAAAGAAGUCAUUUAUAAACAUCAAUUGCCUCAUAUUAUAAAAUUAUCUACAACAGAGGGUGAGAGAGGUAUUGUACGAGCUAGCCAAGAACUCACCAAAACAUCAUACGACUAUGUAAAUCGUACAUCAUAUACAUACUAUCAAUCUGUAGAAGGUUAUACGUUUGUACAUGUGCACUCUGGUCAACAUUCGUCAUUCCGUAAUCAACCUCAAGUGCAUUUAGGUUUACUCGCUACGCCGGCAUUAAAUCCAGCUACUGAAAAUACUAAUUUUUUGAAUAGUUCUUUGUAUACGGUAAGCUAUGCACAUUGUGAUGUUGAAUUUGACAUGGAAUCUAUGUGUACUAGUGGAGAUCCUUAUGAUUGGCCUGAAGAUGUUAAAAUGUUUAUUAAUAAACAAAAAGGAUUUCAAGGAUAUGGUGCUCAAAUUAUGGGUGUUACUGCUACUGUGUCCGGUCGUGUUGAGUCAAACAGAGAUGUCUCUAGAGCAAACAGAAGACUUAGAGCAAGCCCCGAUCAGGUUCUUGUUUCGCGGAGAUCACUCAGAACCCCCGAUGGUAAAACUAGAUCAGAACGCGAACAUCGAGGAAUACAUAAAUUGGCAAAACGAUUCAAAUCAGUCGGAGUUAGAAAUGUUGAGGUUGGAAAUAGGGAGCACAAUGUUCGAGAAAUGCGAGGGUCUUGCGAAUCAGACCCAGACAUCGACCUCUACAGCUACGAAAACAUCGAUGACUUCGACUCUACU